AUUGAAAUGAUUUUGUGAAAUAUUUCCAGCAAUUUCUUUAAUUAGACUGAUAGUAUUCGAGUUAACUGAACAACAGAGAAAACAAGUUAAAAAGAGAACCAAAUGUCAUCGAAUGAUCAACAAUACAUUAAAGAUGAACGAGAGAUUGACCAAUAUCGUAAACAUUGGGAGAUUGAAGAUCAUUGGCAAAUGCGAAAGAGUUUUAUGCUAGCUCAUUAUGAUCAUAUCGUCAAAGAUCGGCUCUUGUGUUAUGCACAACUUUAUGUCAAUAUAAAAGUGCUACAAAACGAGUACGACCAAGCAUUAAUGAAUGAAAUCAAAGCAUUGGCAUCGAAGAUCCCUUUGGCUAAUUUAAAAUCAAGGCAUUGACAUUGAUUCGAAUAAUAAUAAAAAUAUAAUAAACAUAAA